AUGCCUGCCCCUGCACCAAAAGUGCCAUUAAAGAACCAAUGUUCGGUCAUAUUCGACGAUGUGCUCUACAUCUACUCCCCGGAUGCCUUCCAGUCGAUAGAAUUGAAAGAGGACGCAAAAUGGGAGGAACACACUAAUGGUGUAUCCGUAACGGGCGCCGCAUGUGUGCUGGGUGGAGUGGAUGGUGACAACCGAAAGCGUGCCCUAUACGUGGUAGGAGGCACAGCAAACUCGACCAACGCAGACUACCCCGGUAUACAGCGAUUCUCUUUUGACGACAAGUCCUGGACGACGAUAGAGCCGGUCGUGCAGGUCACCAGAGACCGCGUUCGUCAUGGUGCGAAUUACAUUCCAACUUCCAACGUUAUCGUUGUGUACGGCGGCACAUCUGUCAAAGGCUACGAGGGUCUCUCAUCCGAAACUUUCAUGAUCGAACUCGAGGAACCUUACAACGUACGAGCAUUCGACUCGACGGCACCCCCGGCGUCCCGACCCUUUGUGAUGCCAUGGGGAGACGACAGUGUAGUCAUGGUGGGAGGCAGCGACACCAAUACCAAAAUCUUCACCUUCACCGCGGGUGGUGGCUGGGUUGAUUUUGGCCUGGAGCUGCCCAGCCCGCUACCAGACGCGUCAGUGGCCCAGGCUGCCAUGUACACGCUGAACGACGGGUCAAAACUCCUGCAGACCUUUGCACUGGGCCAGGAGCCUAUUCAGGUCUCAACGAAUGUUCUCCUGAACCCUGGUGCAGUACCCGGCGCAUUUGGUCAGACCGUCGGCAACCCAACGACUCCGGCAUCAUCUCGCGCAUCGGCACCGUCUCAAGGAGCCGUGGGCAAACGUCAGCUUCUUGACACCUAUCCAGCCUACAACAGCAGCUCGAUCCCCGAAACCACCAGGACUGAUUUCUCAAUCGCUCAGGGAAGCGAUGGCCUGGUGGCAUUUGUGGGCGGGGAUGAAGAUAGCUCGGUCACCUUUUUCAACCAAGCAGACAACUCUUGGGUAUCAGCACAAGCCGUCCUCGGUGACGCACCUCAAGAACCGCUGCAGCCCUCCACGACCUCAUCCACAGCAACAAGCACUUCCUCGCCAACGAGUCCUGCAACCGAUACAGCAGCCGCAUCCACUGGAAGCGAUGGCAAUAACAACCGUAACACCUUUGAGAUACUCGGUGGUGUGCUGGGAGGCCUCUGUGGCCUCGUUGCCAUCCUUAUCAUCUUUCUGCUUUACCUGCGCAACAAAAAGCGCGCGCAAAAGCGUGCUGCCCAUAAAUCCUACCCGGCCGGCAAGAAAGCUAGCACGGACUUUGACUUCGAGGACGGCAUGCACCCACUCCGAGAGCAUGGACAACCCAUGGGUCGUAGCCCUGUCAAUUCGACCAUUAUCGCUCCUACCGCCGAGCGCUCCUCGACCGCCAUGUUCACCGCCCGUCCCAAUGACACUCUUACCCGCCGCAUCUCCUCUGACAACCGACUGCAACCGAACGCCCCACGUACGGACCACGGUAGCUACAGUGUCUUCGCACGCGAGAAGAGCCCGCUUGCUGGAGGCGGCAAGAGCUCACUCGCUAUCUCCAAGCCCAUGAAUCCGAACCUUGGUGACUACAAAGAGCGGCCGUCGAUCGAUUUGGGUCGUGCUACACCCGCGUCUCCUGUCAACGCCACGCCUCUGGCUACGAUUCCAACGCGUAACAAGUCACAACGCAAGACCGAUGAGGCGUGGGGCCGCUAUUUCUCUGGCGGCCGUGUUGAUCCUACAGCGGACUACCCUAGCCUGACCCCGGCAACUGCGACGGCGGCAGGAACGAUGGCAGCCCGACCUACCACCUCACGUGGACGUGGCGGAAGCGGUGGUGGCGGCUUCUGGCCUGGUUCCGGCGCGGUGCCGACGCCUAAGUCUCCCAAAUUUGCCUUUCGCGACAGCGUAGGUAACACUCUGCAAACGCGAAGUGUAGGAACUGCGACGCCCGAGAUGGAAAAUGGUCCCUCGUACCUGAACGUCGCGCAAGCCAAAGCAGGGCGCAUUAGCAACGCGAACUCGUUUAGUAGCGACGGCAGUGAUUAUGAGGAUGAAGAGGUCCUGGAGGCGGAUCGCGAUGCAUUUAGCAGUGGCGUACCCGCUAGCGUAAGGGACGACAGCCCCUGGACACCGGUGGGCAACACGUGGAGCGGACCGGCACAGCGGCCGCUGCGUAGCUUCAGCAAAGGCAAAAAUGACCUCCCACCUACCUGGCCAACGGCGCCGGCGCUGACGCCGGGGACGGACAGCUCUGGGGGUACGAGUCAACGGACGGGUUCGUCUGGUGGGAUUCCGAACUUCCCCAUGCCGGGGAGUGGUGCGGCGAGGCCGAUGAUCAGCGAGGUCCAGCAUCCAGCGGCAACGCAUGGCCGAAGUGCGUCUAGGGGCCAGCAGGACGGCUACUUCCCGCCUGCUGGAGGACACCGGCGUGGUCCGAGUGUCAAUACAGACGUGUCGUGGCUUAAUUUGGGGGCGGGAGGCCGUGGGAAUGGCAACGGGCGAUAG